AUGUCCAAAAUAUUGGCAAAGUACAUGGAAUAUGAUGAUUCUGCCCUAGCAUUACCUGAAAACUUAGUUAACUUACUACUUAUUCAUGCUUCCCUAUUGAAUAUUUCUUACAUUUACUAUGAGAAUUCAUCUUCAUGGCUUUAUACUUUGGUGCUAUUUGCUAGACCGUCAGUUAGCAUAUAAUUUUCAUAUUUUUAUAUUUUUGGAAUAUGCUACUUGCUGUUACAACUAUUAUGUAUCAUAAAGACUAAACUACCGGGUAAGAAUAUAGUGAGUCUAAUAAAUUGUUUGAUGAAGGUAGGAUUACUGAAUUUUGUGAUUGAAUAAUAUUCAGACAUUUUAGGGUAUAUAAUAGGAGGCCUUAUAUUAGUGAUAUAAAUGUUUGAGAUCUUGUUUAUAUAAGGAACAUUAGAUAUAAAUACAAAGAAUUUCUAGCGAACUUAGAUUACAUUUUUCACCAUACUCACUUUGGUGAUUAAUAUAAUGCUAAUGAUAUUUUAUAAAUUAAAUUUCCAGCUUAAACACAUACAAAUUAUUGCAAUUGUAAAUUCAGCAAUACAAGCUUUGGAUUUAAUCCUACUAAAAAACUAAAGAAGUCCAUUAAUUCGAAUAAUGAUGAUUUCAAUUUAAUUGGUGACAAUGUAUGUUGGAAUAAUGCAAUUUAUCCAAUUUUAAAAUUCAUUUACUCUUGUUGUGGUUCCUUUCUUUUUUAAAAUCAUAUCAUUUAUAAAAUUGCCAGAUUUAAUCUACACCAAGGAUCCUAUAAUUAAUGCCUCAAUUUUGAUGUAAGAGAAGAAGUUUUACGAAAGUUUCUUAAUACUAAAUAAACUAAAAGAUCAAAAUUUUAUCAGAUAAAUUAAAAGAAACCAACUCUUGAAAAAAUGCAUUCAUUAAAUAAAUUAGGACUUCCAAUAAAAAGUGAAAACUCAAUAAUUGUUGGGAGUAGCCUCGAGAUUAAUCUAAAAUGAUAUUAAGAAUAUAAAAAUUUCUAAUAAUUUAGUUAAAAUUAUCCAAUGGAAAAUUAAAUUAUUAUAAAAUUGGAAAACUAAUGAAUUUAAUGAGAUUUACAAAUUUGUUAAUAGAAUGUUAAAAAUUAAACGAUAAAUAGAUGAUUAUUAUUAAGCAGAACCUAAUGCUAUGAUAUAAGCAUUAGUUUGUUUUUUCUAUGCAGAGAUUUUAAACGAUUUGUUAGAAGCAAAUGAAAUGAUUAUUCAUGCUAAAAAGUCAGCAGACUUAUAUUUAUCAGAUUAUACAACCAAUAAAAACAUGUUCUACCUUACUACAAAAUAUGAGAAUGGAUAAUUGCAAAUGAAUAAGAUAUCUAGUAAUGCUCCUUCAUUUAUUUGUAAUAAAAAAUUAUAGGAUUUAAUUCCUAUAGGAGUUCGUGAAUGGCAUAAUAAACUAGUAGAUGAAUUCAUAAUAACUGGCAAAUCUAAAUUCGUGAGAUCAUUAAAUCAAAAUUAUGUGACUCAUGGAUCAACAAUUGAAACAGUUGAUUUUGCCAUUGAUUUAGCAUAUUCUGAUUAAGUUAAUUUCAUUUGUCUGAUCUCUCCAACGUUAGUUAAAAAUGCUACUUUGAUAGUCGAUGAGAAAUAUAAUAUUGCCUGUUAUACAAAUCAAAUAAAAGACAUUAAAUACUAUAAAGCCCUGUUUCCAAGAGGAUCAUCAAUUCUUAAUAUAUUUCCUGAACUUUAAGGAGUAACUCAAAGUUGCUUCCUAGAAAAUAUUCUCAUUAAUACACAAAAACUUAUAUAUCAAAAUGAUGAAUCAGAUGAAGUUCAUUAUUAUUGUAACUUAGAAAUAAUUGUUAAACAAUAUUAAAAUUCAAUGAUCUACAUGAUUGUAAAACUAGAAAACAUACAGAUAAUAUAUUCAAACAAUGGUAACUCUACUAAAAAAGAAACAUAAACAAAUCAAUCUUCCUCUGUAAAUGGAUUGAGUGUAGCUGAAGAAAGACUUAAUCUAAUCAAAUAAACCUCUAGAGAAGAUACUCACACACAAAAUUAAAAUUAAGAGAUAAGAGGUCUAAAUGAUGUUAAAAGUUUAAAAGAAGUGAAAAGUCAAAAUAAAAAAAAAACUGUAAAUGAAAUAAAAAGUCUAAACGAGGAGGCAAUUAAAAGUGCUCUAAAUAUUGACAUGUUAUAACCAUAAGUCUUUACAUCCAGAGGAGAUCCAGAGCAACAUCUUUUAGUAGAAAAAAUAAAGACUGAAAGCAAAAAACAAUCAAUUAAAUCUUUAACCUAAGGUGGAGAAGGAAAAGUCCAAUUAGUUGACUAAUAGGAGGUUAAAAAGGAAGAACUAUUUGACAGAGAAGAUUAAUCUUAAGUAUCUUCUAUUAGAAUGCUGAGAAAUUCUAAAUUUUAUAGAAAAUAUGACUUAUACAAUAAAUUUAAUAAGCACAUGCCUUUGAAACGAUAACAUCAAAUGCUUGUCAUUCUCUUUGUAUUAUGUAUAGUUAUUUAGGGAUUAUUCAUUGUCAUUCAAUUAACCAGUUUGAAUCUAGUAGCCUUUGCUGUUGAUAUUAAUUUAUUAGAAAUCAAAAAUCUAUUCUUUUAACCUUUGGAUAUGUUUUUAGUGACAAGAUGGAAUUUAUGGACGUACAAUUUUUAAAGAACUAAUGGUAUCAUAAGUCAAGAAGAGUAUAAUUCAGUAUCAAAAUUUGCUACUUCCAAUUUAGGUCUUGGAUUCGAUUCUCUGAAUUCAAACUUAAAAUUAGUACUCAAUCGUUAAGAACUUCAAGGUUUAUUACAAACUAAAUAUAUUGAAGCUUUUUCUUAUCUUGAUACUUAUAAAUCAGAAUAAUAUAAUAUGACACUCAGAACAGCAAUAUCUGUUUUGUUGAAUUUCUAAUACAUUUUAAAAAUGAAUUACAUAUAUGAAAAAACGGUUAAAGCUGAUAGUCCUUAAAUAUUUUAUAGUUUUAAAAAUUAUCCUAUAAUGAGAGAUAUAAUGACAUAAUUGAAUUCAGACAUCAUGGUAUAGACUAUUUCAAGAGGUAAAAAUUUUGAAAAUGAAAUGGAAACUCUGUUCUUAUUUCAGUAGAUCUUUUUGAUUCUGAUGGUAAUAUUAAUUAUUUAUGCGAAAAUCUACAUAAAUAAAAAGCUUAUUCUUUUCUUACAUCUGAGUUAAUAUUCUGAUAAUGAUGCAAUAUAGUAGGAGAUUUAAAAGUUUAAAUAAUUGCUUGAUAAAAUACAAUCUGAUAAUUCCUAUAAGUUCAAUUACUCUCUAAAGAUAGCAGAAAAGGAGUUUUAAUUUUUUGAGUAAAAAGUAGAGAAGGAAACUAGAAAUACAAAAAAUUUAAGAAAGAAAAGAAUUCCCCCUUAUAGAUUUAUAUUAGUUCUGAUUGUGUUUUAUUCAAUAAUUACUCUUAAUAGUAUAAUAAAUUAUUUGGAAUUUUAAAAAUAUUUGAAAAAGUAUCCUGAAACUGCUUAUUAUAAGAAAUAAUUGGCUGAUCUUGGUGGAGAUAUACCAUUGAUGUUUGCUUAGAGGGAAGUUCUAUAUGGAAGAAAGAAUUACAUGUAUUUGGAUGAUGCUUAUUUCGAUAGAAUGUGGUACUAUAUUAUGGAGUCACUUAAUAAUACUAAAUUAUUCACUUCCUAAGAUCCAGAUUUUGAUAAGAUGCUCGUCACAAGUAACUUCAAUGAUUUUUAUGCUGAAAUCUAGUUAAGUGAUUUGUGCCAAUAUUUACCAGGUGAUAUCAAAGUUAGAGGAGCUGAAUUAUGUCCUACCAUAAUGAAUUAGAAUAUGAGACAUGGCUUAAAAGCAAUGUUGAUAUAUAUCCAAAACUUGAUUGAAACUGAUGUAGCCAUAAAUAACUUUACUUACAGAGCUGUACCCACUUCGAAUGAAUUAGAAGGAGCAUUUAUGAUAUCUGAAGUGAUUAAUGUAAUGAAUUCUUAUUUUUACAACGAUCUAAUUGAUGUAACAGCCACAUUGGUGGAUCAAUAAGAAGUUUUUAAUAUUUGUUACUUAGUUUUACUUUUUCUGGUCUUAUUGAUAAUUAUAACUGAAGUGAAAAAUAAAAUAUAUGAAAACAGCAAGAUCAUAAUUCAUUUUGUGUAUAUAAUACCUUCGCAAACAUUAUUCACAGAUGAUACAUUUGAAAGAACACUAAGAACUUUGAUCAAUAUUUGAUAAUAUUUCUAUCAAAAAUUUAUUGUAACUUUUAAACAAA